AUGGGCGACGCGGCGAUUGAGCCAUCGUCGGUUAAUGUGCCUGCCCUUCACGCUGGGGAUUACCUUGGGCAGAUCACAAAAGGUAUAAAAAAGUCACAGAAGGAUACCGCGAGCAGCAUCAGCAGCACUGCUAGCGCCGCUAGUGAUGGCACUAAGACCGGGCAGGAGGAGGCAGCCGGGCAGGAGGAGGCAGUGGCCGGCCGCGGAGAGGACACCUCGGAUAUUCCGUUCAAGGCAGUUCCUCUUGGCCUUCCUCGAUCGACGUCCUCAGUCACCCAGCCGGACAGCCCGGCCCUAAGAGGCGCGAAGACGCUUGUAGCCGUUGACGCCGAAACGCCGCUGCGCCGGCAGUUGUUGCAGGAGCUGCUACCGCGACCGACAGCGACGGCGACCGACCGGGAUGGUCGCGUCGGGGAAGAAGAAGUGGAUGGCUUGCUGUCUAGCCCGGCGGGCGUUGCUGAUGGUGGUGGUGGUACCGCUGACGCCGGGGCGGUGGUAUCGGACUCAGAGACUGCUGCUGCUGAUGCUACCCCCGUCGACGCCAUCCUGAUGCCACCGCGGCAUCUUUCCAUCUCGUGGUCCGAGAUCUCCCUACACCUCGACGACGAGGACGAGGGUGGUCGGAAGGAGGCGACUACGGCGAAAGACGGCGAAUCGAACAGUCCCGUCCGAACUCUGUCGUCGGCCACCCCGUCAUUGUGGGAUGUCCGCGGUAAGAGCAGCUCCUCCAAAGCCUUCGGCAGCAACAGGUCGGCGACGACCAACCUCGAGGUCUCGGACUUAUUCGAGAAGAUCCGGAACGCGACGAACGGGGGCUACGCCAGCGGUUCCGGCCUGUUCGGCGGCCGGGGCAAGGCGGCAGCGGUGUCCGACGUCUCCCUGUCGUCGGACGACGAGAUUGCUUCCGAAAAAGAGUCGUCGACACGGGAGUACUUCGAGGCCAUGGGCAGCCGCCCGGCCAGGAGGCUCCCGGGACUCGCACCUUUUCGCUCGGGGAUCGUCAGCGGUAACGGCAAGAACGGCGGCGGCGCCGACAACGACGGCGGCUUCCCUGCGGCGGAGGAACUCGACCCCGACAUGGACAGAGGAGGCUUUGCAGGAGCCCUGUGGAGGAGAGGCAUUCUGGAACAGUCCCCGUUAAUGCCCCCGCCGCACCCGCCCCCCUUCCGCCAGUCGCCGGAGGCGUCCUCCGCCACGGUUUCCCCCAUGGUGUCGGCGGCCGCCAGGGCUAGGCUAGAGGCCGAGGUGGACGUGGAGGAGGGCUUUGUGUGGGCCACGAGUCCACCGGCAGCGACCGCGGUGGUCGCGAGGGCGGCCGACACGGGUGCAGAGCAGGUGGUAGCGGGCGCGGAUGACCUUGGGGUGGCCAUCUGGGGCAAGGAUUUCAAGCCCGAGGUCCACGCAGAAGUGCUGAAGGCGUCGGAGGAGAAGGGCUACCGGCCCUCGGUGGACGUGUUCCUGCCCAUGUGCAAGGAGCCGCUGCGCCUGCUCGCCAACACGUGGAAGUACGUGGCCGCGCUGGACUACCCCGACUUCAAGGUGUUCGUGUUGGAUGACGGCGCCAGCGAGGGGGCCCAAGCCCUCGCAUCAACGUUUGGGUUCGAAUAUGUUUUGAGGGCGGAUGUGCCGGCGCUGAAGAAGGCGGGGAACCUGCGCAAUGCUUUUGCGCGGACCUCGGGGGAAGCGAUCGCGAUAUUCGACGCCGACUUUUGUCCCAGGGCGGACUUCUUGAAGGAGACCGUGCCCUAUCUGGGCGAGGAUCCCACCAUAGGCAUCGUACAGACGCCACAAUUCUUCCGACACCGCAAGGAGCAGACGUGGGUGGAGCAAGGGGCUGGUGUCACGCAAGAAUUCUUCUACCGCAUGGUGCAGAUGAACCAGGACAGGUUCAACGCGGCCGUGUGCGUGGGGUCCUGCGGACUGUACCGCAGGGCGGCCUUGGAGCCUUUGGGGGGCAUGGCAGCCAUCGAGCACUCCGAGGACAUGUAA